AUGAAGCCCUUUUGGCUUCGUAGCCUUGGUGUGGCUGCUUUUUUUCUAGCUGCAACAGAUACGACUCAAGGUACCACUGUUAACUUGGAGGCAACAGUGCUGUACACAACACUGAGCGACUGCACGAGUAAGACGACAGGGAAGCAGGUACUUGUGACGGCUGUAAUUAAUAAUGGAUGCAGUACAAGCAACGCGUGUACCGAAACACCGUCGGGUAGUUCACUGUUUCCAGAUAUUACUUGCCCUACUACGGAUGGUACUGCCUCUGGCACGUUCAUCCAGACAGAUCUCCCGACACUUUUUGGGUCAAAUCCGUAUGUGGUUGUUGAGAAGUACUCUUCGGCUUGCGCUGCGCCUGGUGAUAUUACCAGCAUAACAGCGUAUCUGGCGGAUGGCAAGUGCCACAAGACGGAUACUGCUGCGAGCUACCCGUAUCUGGCCGAUGGCAAGUGUCACAAGACGGACACUGCGAAGAGCUACCGCGCGGCGCAGAAGGCGGACGGUUCAGCUAGCGUCCUAUCCUACACGGAUGCUGUGUGUGGAACGUUAGGAACACAGUUCACUGUUAGUGCUGCUGACGGCAGUUCUCAUGCAUGUGUUUCGGAUACAAAGGUGUAUGGCGCUGGCACGACUCCGCUGUACCUGACUUCGACGAUGAAUUACGAUACGACGGCGAACACUUGCUCGUCUGGGGUUCCGUCACUUGUCUCAACUGCGGUUGCCAAUGUGGACACUACCUGUUUGACGACCUCUGUCUGUACGGGCAGUGCAGCUCCCUAUACGGGUACCAAAUGUAGCUCGGCUUCAUCCUAUCUAGCCGACAUGGGUACUGCGUUUGGCGUGAACCCGUACGUGAUUGUGCAAACUUUUACCACCGGAAAGUCUUGUGCCGACGAGGAGCUGUCUGGUAUCACUGCGUACCUGGCGGACGGCAAGUGCCACAAGACGAGUUCGUCGGCAAGUUAUCGUGCGAUUCGAAAUGCAGACAAUUCGGCCUCCAUAAAAAAAUACACGGACGGAAUCUGUGGCUCAGGAGAGACGACGACGAGUUUGGGUACUUCCCAGGGAGCUUGCACUGCUGACACAAAGGUGUAUGGUGCCGGCACGACGCCGCUAUACUUGACCUCCACGGUGAACUACGAUACGGCUGCAAAUACGUGCAAGUCAGGCCUGCCCUCGUAUGUGGCGUCGACUGUGGUCGGGGUGGAUGCAUGUGCUGCGACAGUGGCGUGCACUGGCCAAGCGGCUCCUUACACUGGAACAUCAUGUAGCUCUACUUUGACGUAUAAAGACGAUAUGGCUGCUGCGUUCGGCGUGAACCCGUACGUGAUCGUGGAGAAGUACACGGCUUCACAGUCCUGUGCGGACGAUAAGUUGUUGGGUAUCACUACAUACUCGGCAGACGGCAAGUGCCAUAAGACGAGUUCGUCGACAAGCUACCUAUACUAUGGAGGCUCUGCGACUCCUCAAUACCUCGCUUCCGCGGUGAUGUUCGACACCACUACAAACUCAUGCAAGUCCGGUCUGCCGUCGUUUGUUACAACUACUGUGGUCGGGGUGGACGCAUGCUUGGCGUCAUCGACUUGCACCGGCCAAGCGGCUCCUUACACGGGAACGUCAUGCAGCUCUACCCUUACGUACAAACACGAUAUUGCGACUGCAUUCGGUGCAAACCCGUACGUGAUCGUGGAGAAGUACACGGCGUCACAGUCUUGCGCAGCUGAUAAGCUGUUGGGUAUCACUACGUACCUGGCGGACGGUAAAUGCCACAAGACGGACACAUCGAAGAGCUACCGCGCGACUCGGAGUGCUGACAAUUCGGCGUCCAUCAAAACCUACUCGGAUGCGGUCUGUGGCGCAGGAGAGACAACGACGGUGGUGACCGCUUCCCAAGGAAGUACCAAUGCCUGUACCGCUGACACCAAGGUGUAUGGCGCUGGCUCGACUCCACUCUACUUGAGCUCUAAGGUGAACUAUGAUACCAACGAGAAUUCGUGCAAGUCUGGCUUACCGUCGUUGGUGACAUCAAGCGUCGUUGCGGUAGAUGCGUGUUUGGUGACGACGGUUUGCACUGGCCAAGCAGCUCCUUACACGGGAACGUCGUGCAUUUCGACGUUGACGUAUAAGGACGAUAUGGCUGCUGCGUUCGGCUCGAACCCUUACGUGAUCGUGGAGAAGUACACCGCCGGUCAGUCCUGCGCGGACGAUAAGCUGUUGGGUAUCACUACGUAUCUUGCGGACGGCAAGUGCCAUAAGACGGGGUCGGCCGCUAGCUACCGCGCGACGAGAAGAGCAGACAAUUCGGUGACAGUCCAACCGUACACGGAUGGUGUGUGUGGCACGACGGGUACACUGUUGACAGUGAGCGCAGCGGAUGGCACAUCCAAUGCCUGUGCUUCCGACACGAAGGUCUAUGGCGCAGGCACGACUCCGUUGUAUUUGACUUCUACAGUGAGCUAUGAAUCGAAUGCGAACUCAUGCAAGUCUGGGCUACCGUCGUACGUGGCGACAGCGGUCGGAACCUUUGCGGUAUGCGUGCCGUCCAGUGUUUGUACUGGACAAAGCGCACCGUACACGGGAACAUCGUGUAGCUCUUCGCUGACGUAUAAAGACGAUAUGGCUGCCGCAUUCGGAUCGAAUCCGUACGUGAUCGUGGAGAAGUACACGGCCGGACAGUCUUGCGCGGCCGAUAAGCUGUCUAGCAUCACGACGUACUUGGCUGAUGGCAAGUGCCACAAGACGAGUUCGACGGCAAGUUACCGCGCGACUCGAAAAGCGGACAAUUCGGCGACCAUCAAGACGUACGCAGACGCGCUUUGUGGCACAGGAGAGACGGUGACGGCUGUGAGUGCUUCUCAGGGAACUACCAACGCCUGCACCACUGAUACGAAGGUGUAUGGUGCCGGUACAACGCCGUUGCAUUUGACUUCCACGGUGAGCUAUGAGGCGAAUACGAACUCAUGCAAGUCAGGGCUACCGUCGUAUGUGACGACCUCAGUUGGGGCCUUUGCUGUAUGCGUACCGUCCAGCGAUUGUAUUGGACAAGCCGUUCCUUACACGGGGACAUCGUGUAGUUCUACUUUGACGUACAAGGAUGAUAUGGCCGCUGCAUUUGGCUCGAAUCCGUACGUGAUCGUGGAGAAAUAUAAUUCUGGAAAAUCUUGCGCUGCAGCGGAGCUGGCCAGUAUCACGACGUACCUGGCGGACGGAAAAUGCCACAAAACGGACUCGGCGAAGAGCUACCGUGCGACUCGGAGUGCAGACAAUUCGGCGUCCAUCAAAACGUACUCGGAUGCGGUCUGUGGCACUGGGGAGACGCCGACGGCGGUGAGUGCUUCUCAGGGAACUGACCACACGUGUUUCUCUGACACGAAGGUGUAUGGUGGCGGCAGUACACCAUUGUACUUAACUUCGACGGUGAGCUAUGAUACGAAUACGAACACUUGUUCGUCUGGGGUCCCGUCAUUAGUGACGACUACUACUGGAAAUACCGACACUUGCACUGCGUCGACUGCUUGCACUGGAGGUGCCGCUCCUUAUACAGGAACCAGUUGCAGUACUGUGUCCUCAUACAAAGCUGAUAUGGCUGCUGCAUUCGGCUCGAGUCCAUAUAUGAUUGUAAAGAAGUACACCUCUGGAAUGAAGUGCGCAGCGGCACAAUUGACUGGUAUCACAACGUACCUGGCCGACGGCAACUGCCACAAGACUGGAAGUUCGACUAGUUACGCAGCAACGCGAUCCGCAGAUGGAUCUGCUGUCAUCCAGUCGUACAACGACGCCACGUGCGGUACGGCUGGAACGCGUUUGACUGUGACUGCCGCACAGACCGCAAACUCGUGCGCUGCGGAUGGCAAUGGAAUCGCUGACACGAAAGUGUUCGGCAGCGGCAAGACUCCAAAGGUAUAUUCGUCGACUUUGUAUUUCGACACGAACUCGAACAACUGUCAGUCGGGAUUACCAACGCAAGUUGUGACAGUGACGGCAGACGGAAGUACUUGCGUUACAUCGACGACUUGCACGGGUCAAGCUGCUCCUUACACUGGAACGUCGUGCAGUUCUACGCUGUCGUACAAGGAAGAUAUGGCUUCUGCGUUCGGCUCGAAUCCCUAUUUGAUUGUGGAAGCGUACACGACGGGGCAGUCUUGCGCGGCCGAUAAACUGACCGGUAUUACGACGUACUUUGCAGACGGCAAAUGCCACAAGACGAGUUCGACCGCAAGCUACCGCGUAACACGGAAUGCGGACAACUCAGCAUCCAUCAAAACAUACACGGAUGCAGUGUGUACUGCUGGAGUUACUUUAUUGACGGUGAGCGCUGCUGACGGCACUUCCAACGCGUGUACCUCGGACGCCAAGGUCUAUGGUUCCGGCACGACACCACUCUAUUUGAGUUCUACGGUGAACUACGAUACGAAAACGAACUCGUGCAAGUCUGGCCUUCCGUCGUUGGUGAAUUCGGCUGUGGUCGCUGUCGACGUGUGCUCAGCCACAACGGACUGCACUAACCAAGCUGCACCGUACACGGGAACUUCUUGCAGUUCUACGCUGACGUACAAGGAUGAUAUGGCUUCUGCGUUCGGCUCGAAUCCCUAUUUGAUCGUGGAAGCGUACUCGGCGGGGCAGUCUUGCGCGGCCGAUAAACUGACCGGUAUUACGACGUACUUUGCGGACGGCAAAUGCCACAAGACGGAUACUGCGAAGAGUUACCGUGCGACGAGGAAGGCGGACGGUUCGGCCACCGUCCAACUGUACUCGGAUGCGUCGUGUACUUCAGCGGGGACGUUACUGACUGUGAGCGCUGCUGACGGCAGUUCUCAUGCAUGCGUUUCGGAUACGAAGGUGUAUGGCGCUGGCACGACUCCGCUGUACCUGACAUCUACGAUGAACUAUGAUACGACGACGACAACUUGCUCGUCUGGAGUUCCUUCACUAAUUUCAACGGCAGUUGCCAAUGUGGACACUACCUGCACGACAACCAGUGCUUGCACUGGCAGUGCGGCUCCGUACACGGGUACCAAGUGUAGCUCCGUGUCCUCGUAUCAAAGCGACAUGGCUACGGCAUUCGGAUCGAGCCCAUAUGUGAUCGUAGAGAAGUACACUUCUGGAUACUCAUGCGCUGUGGCGGGGCUGUCGGAAAUCAUAGCGUACUUGGCCGACGGCAACUGCCACAUGACUGGAAGUUCGACUAGUUACACAGCAACACGAUCCGCAGAUGGAUCUGCUAUCAUCCAGUCGUACAACGACAACCUUUGUGGUACGCCAUGGACGCGAUUGACUGUGACCGCCGCACAGACCGCAAACUCAUGCAAUUCGGAUGGCAAUGGAAUCGCUGACACGAAAGUGUACGGCAGUGGUAAAACUACAAAAGUAUAUUCGUCGACCUUGAAGUUCGACACAAAUACGAACAAAUGCCAGUCGGGAUUACCAACGCAAGUUGUGACGGUGAAGUCGGACGCAAGUACUUGCGUUACAUCGACGACUUGUACUGGCCAAGCUGCUCCUUACACAGCGACAUCGUGUACUUCUACCCUGUCGUACAAGGAAGAUAUGGCUUCUGCGUUCGGCUCGAAUCCCUAUUUGAUCGUAGAAGCGUACACGACGGGGCAGUCUUGCGCGGCCGAUAAACUGACCGCAGCUCCUUACACGGGAACGUCGUGCAGCUCUACUCUGACAUACAAGGACGAAAUGGCCGCUGCGUUCGGGCCAAACCCGUAUGUUAUCGUGGAGAAGUACAAUUCCGCACAGAAUUGCGCUGUGGCGGAACUGUCUGGUAUCACAACGUACGUGGCGGACGGCAAAUGCCACAAGACCGACACAUCGAAGAGCUACGUCGCAACCCGAAAACCUGAUGGCUCUGCGCGCGUUCAAGAAUAUACGGAUGCUGUGUGUGGAGCAGUGGGGACGCUGUUGAAAGUGAAUGCUGCUCAAGGCACUGUCCACGUAUGCUUUUCCGACACGAAGGUGUUUGGUGCUGGGGCAACUGGUAUGGCGUGGUCUGCUGUUGCUGUUUCGGAAAGCAAAACGUGCACGGCACCAACUCAGAUAACAUUGACAAGCCAAUUCUCGUGUGCAGAUGCCGGCUGCUUUGCUUAUGGAGAUCGCUCAAUCUCGUACACAUGCGGAAACGACUACAUGGCUGCCGCGAAGAAAGCGUUUGGCAACUCAAGUCCGUUUAUCGUCGCGGAAGUUUUCCAGGAUGGAACUGCAUGUGGCGUAAUGGAAGGCGUGAUGGCAUUCGUUGCAGACACGAAGUGCCACCUAAGUAUCGACGGGGCGUCGAGCUUCACGGUGACGUUGGCCGCUGACGGAGCUGGGACGAUGCUCACGUACGAAGAUAAGGAGUGCAAGGAUGCCACACCUUUCACGACUCCGCUGACGAAGCAGCAACUGUCUUCACACCAGUGUGUUGGAAGCACCAAGUACUAUGCGUUUAGUUCCACUCCGGAGCCGACUGUUACCCCAAAAACCGCUGCCCCGACGACAGUGCCUACAACAACUCCUACGUCGGAACCUACGACGGCUCCGACCUCAACGCCUGCGCCGACUGGUACUGGUUCGGCGAACACGGGCGACUCAUCUGGUGCAGCACCGCUUUCCAUGACGUCUUCGCUCGUGAUGUCAGGCUUGUGGCUGCUUGGAUGGAUGGCUGGGCGACUGCUGUAA